UAGAACUGAAAAAAAACCUGAAGAAGAAGCACUGGAGCGAGAGAGAGAGACAGAGAGAACAGGCAACGGUCGAGGAAAAACCGAGGCGCAUCUCAUAACGAAGGGGAUUGCAAAGGGAGCUACGUCUGCGGCCCAAGAGUUGAGAGGGUGAGAGGUGGUUGGAGGGAGGAGAGUGGAGUUGAGUGAUGGUGUUGGAGGCUGAAUUCAGUGAAAAUGGUGGUACCCAAAAGGGGUGAGGAAGUCGGGGGAGAGGAAUCUCGAGUGGCCAUCAGCUAGUGGCAACAAUCAAAUUCAAAAGAAAAGAAGAAAGUUUUUUUUCACUCUGGAAAGACUUGUGCCGUCUCAUUCUCAAUCGCCAACUCCCCGCUCAGUAUCCAGUACAACAUGGCUCGCCUCGAGCGCGGUCAGAGAGCGAAAUGUGCGGGUGAGGGUGGAAGAAAAAAAAAAUUUAGAAAAAAAAACCUCAAUACCGAAUAACGAGAACAGAGAGAUGAAAUACAGGCAGUUGCAUCCCCACCUUUCCACUCGAAGAAGCUGAAUGCAGUGAAAGGGUGGAGGGAGAAUGGGGAUUGGGAGUGAGUGAGAGAGUGAAAUGCGAGCAAUUCCCCUCUCACGAGUUUAUAGCAGUCAUGUACAAAGUGAGACGGAACGAGACACUGCAUUAGUGUGGUACGUUGACUGGUUAUGUGAUGGUACACACCGAGACUGAAAUCCCGCGGCGUUUGUGGCAGUAGGAGAACUACGAAACGGGGUGUGUAGGCACCCCUAACGGAUACCAGGGCUCCGCCCGUCAUAUUCCAAGAGGGCCAAUCCAGCGUCGAGGCUUUAUUAGAUCCAUAAAUCCAUCAUAUCCAUCUAGACGGCAUUCGACGAGGCUUUUCCCAUUGGUCCAGGCCAGUACAGCUGUGUAGCCCUCUUUCUUUACCCUUCAAUUUUGCAAGAGUCAAUGAUGAAAGUAGAGGCUUGUCCAGUUUGAAGGCGAGUGAAAAAAAAAAUCGUCUUGAUGAAUUUCUCCAGCCGCAUUGCGGAUUCUUCCACCAUUGCAUUAUUUAAAUUGUCUGCGAGUAACUUUUUGAAUAAAAAAAAAGUUUCCAUGACACGACUGUCAUUCCUCAGAUUGAUGAACUCCCCAAUUUGUUUCCCCAGCAAUGAUGGUGCAGAUACUGAGUACUGUGCUACCCAAUAUCAGCCCUUAAAACUUUUUAUGGAAUGAGGGCAACGAACAUGACAACGAAAAUAUGAUUCCAAUGGCGUAGGGUCAUCGUAAAAUCUCCAAGAAAAGAGAAAAUAACUGAAAACUUGGAAUGUCCACUCAAAUAUGUACAAAAGGGGGAGAAAAUCGCUGAGGAGAGCUUUCGCUGCGCGCGCACUCUCUACCCCCAAGUCGUCUUACCGAAGUGCCGUAACUACUAGCGCACAUCGGAGACCACUGUCCACUCUGUAAAAUGCCAUCUCUCUCCCCCAUUAUAUCAAGCCCAACUUCUUUCAAAUAAUUUCCUUCAACUUCUUGGAAACAUUAUCAAUUGCCGAUAGGUUCAUUCCUGGGGGAAUAAAUGACCGAUGUCCAAGGAGGUAUAAAGUGAAUACAUAGACAAACUUUUUUCCCACAAAUACAGAUGUGGGGGGAUGAAGGCAGUGGCCAAGUAUAUACGGGAGAGAAAGGGACGAGGACCAUCGGGUUCUUGACGGACACGAGGAUCAAUAUCCUCCAAUACCAUACUCCUCUUCUCCACGCUUUUUUUUUUCCAGCACUAUAUAUACAACGGGAAAACCCAUUCCCACCGCCAAUAAAACGCCAUACCUAUGUGUAUUGUACUAUACGGCGAUUCUUUUUCCCUCCACCCAGCGGCUUCCUAUUGGCCGUAAAACACUGGCCGGCUGAAAGGUUGAAUUUUAUCGCGAGAAGAGAAAUAUCGAUGUAAAGGCAAGGGGGAAGAGAACUUGAAAAAUAAAAUAAAAUAGAAAAAGACGGUGUGGGAAGAAAAAAAAAGGACAAGUUUUUGUGAGAAAGAAGGCAAAGUAGAGAAUGGGUAGAUAUAUAGAUUGUUGAGAAAAUAGUAUGGUUCAACUAUUGGAGUUGGUGUUGAAAAUACGCGUACAAUCUAACUUCGGGUGAAGACGUGCUGCAGGGAUGUACAACUGAGCUAUCUUGCUUUGAAAAUAAUUCAGAGACUGGAGAAACGAGGACGAUUGAAUACUGAAUGGCCCUCGGACGCUUUUCAAUACCUUUCGGCCAACUCUACACGUACAAGCAUCAACCCAAGUCUAUAGCUGAAGCGUGCCUACUUCUUGAAACUGUUGGAAAUACAGUGCUCAAGGAUCGAGGUAACAUGUUGCUUGAGAGGAGCGGAUAUACCGAGGAUCGAGUGACACAGGGUCGAAAGUCAGCCACGCAAGUGACGAUUGGAGUGUCGGCGAGAGAGAAAGAGAGAGAGAGCUUUCGGAACUUGUUCAAUACCAGCCACCAUGAGCACUUGGGGACCAGCUCGACGAUCUACUUGUUCCAGAGGACAUCAGACGGCUGCACAUUGACGAGAGUUGGGCUCUGACGAAUCGCUGAAAAGCUGACAAUCCCGUCAUUCUAAAUUCCCAAUAUCAUCAGGGCAUCCCAGAGGACCAAGAAAUCCACUGAAAAAUCCCCAGGGCACGCACCAGAGGCGUUACCAAUUCCAUAAUUCGCACUUGCGUAGGUGUAAACCCGUCAUAUGAAUACUACAAACUCCCCCGCCAUUGGACGACAUAAUCCUCCAAUCAUAAUGCCUCAAGAUAUAUCCAUUCUAUAUAAUAUGAUAUUAUCAUAUCGCGCUCGAGUUAUUAUUGGUCGGUCUUGCUAUGCCCUACCCUCAUCUACCUCCUACUCCUUAUCCUUUCGCGCUCUCCCCCGCUCCCAUUCUUCGGAGUCAACGGAUACGGCGCUGCUCUUGCCUGUACUUCACCUCCCUUUCCCUCCCUCCUGCAGCGAAUUUACCCUUCUCUAUCUCGCACACCUCUCAUCCAAUAUCUCCCCUCUCACUCACUGUACCUACCUCCUCGACGCAUACGCUACUCGAGUUGGAGACCAACGUAGAGGUGGGGCUCUCGACGCGCCGCAUUUUCUCUCUCCCUCUCACCAUCUCCUCCGCCUUCCCCUUUUUGGUAUAUACCAGCUUCACCGAAUUAUGAGGAUCAAUACGCGGGAGAGAAGCUUGCAAGACCAGCGCCGACGCUACUCUAUCGCCAGUCUCCAACAAGCGCGGACCAUCACCUGGAUCAGGACAUCAUUUUUUAAAAUCACAACAGCAUAUGACAUAUCACAUUCACCUCAUCCUCCCUCAAUCAUUGUUUACAAGCAUUUUCCCAACAAAUUUACAAUACAGAGGAGAAGGGAGAGAUUUAGAUGUACGUAUACACACGUGACCAGCAUAUCAUACCUGCAGAAUUGGUGUGUGCACAACGUGUAUGUUGUAUCCAACAAAUGGCAACUGUUCCAACAAUCGAUAUCAGCCACCACACGAGCAACUCGUAUAACGCUCAACCUCGGUGCCGCACCGACUAAACCCAAGCCAACCCCCUUUUACCUGUAUUUCCAUCUCCCUCGUAUGUUUGAGGGAAUCGUGGAUGCUCUGUUUCGCUUAGCUGUUCUCUCUGCACUGUCGUCACACCGUACAACCACCACAAACUACCCCAAACCCUCCCAAGCCCAAAGUCCGCGUUUCACUUUGUGUCUACAACGCGCUACCGACAAGAGCCCUAGUAACCAUUGUCGCUCAGUUGCAUUGACUUUUUUGGGCCACGCAACUUGUUGCAUAAAAUUAGAAAUAAAAAAUUCUCACAACGAUUCUCCCUGGCAUUUGAUUUUAAUGAGAUGUCAGGAUCUAAUGAUUCCCCCCUCCCCCUCCUCCGCCCCUAGAUAAGGGCAAUUUUAUUGUAACAUGUUGUCCACAGAGUGACGCCUGAGAUCAUCAAUCAUCCCAUUAUUUUGAUUGAGACGUCAUCGUGAUCCUGAGGAAAUGGUCGCCGGAAAAUCAACGAAAUCCUUGAAACAGAAGUUCGCCUAUUGCCCAACGGCAACACGAUUUGAACUAAAAUAAAAAGGCCAAGUACUAACGUGUGUCCGGACGUCGGAGAGCAUUGAAGCGAAUGGUUCGCGAAUGAACGGAUGGACCAUGCGGGGCGACGCCCGAGGGCUAAACGAGUGGAGACAAUGGGCAUGGAGACACGAAGAGGUGAAACUGUCGAGCGUUGGAGAGAGAUAAACUGAUGGAUAUGGAGGGGUGAAGAAGGGGAGAGUGACUGCUCACGGGGGUUGGUGAGCAUAAAAGAGUGAGAGUGGAUGAGUGAGAGAGUGAGACAAACGGCAUCGGGUUGGAUAUAGCACUGGUAUUGGUCUGAAAUAGCCUCAACUGGACAGCCACGACGACUGGCUGGACCUACCUACUUUUAUAUCGCCGGGGAAAUAAUGGGAUUCCCAUCAUGAAGUGGAUUUCCCCUGGGAACGCUGGACAACCCGAAUAGAAAGUGAUCUAUGCAAGAAUUAUAUAUGUUGUAUGAUCACCCUUGUUGGACCUAAAUGGAACGUUGGUAAUGGUCGAAAUUUUAUUUUUGGAUCUGCUGACUUUGUCAGUAAUUUCAGAGCCCUAAUUAUCGGUUCAUUAAACACUAAAAAAUUGUACAUCAAUUUAUGGAAUUGUCUAAUGUUAGAAAAAAAAUAAUAUGCAACAAUUAAUUGUAUAUGUUGAGCAUUUGAAAAUAUAUUGACUAUAUAGAAACAAAUGCAAUUUCCCACGUUUUUUUACUGACCGAGUCCACAUUUGUGCGCUCAUUGGUAUCGCAUCCACCCUCAACCAUUCACUUCUCCAAAUGUUGCAUGGGAUAUUCAACGAGCAGACGUCUAACAACCACCAAUUAUCCCUUAACACCUGUCCAUGUUGAUCAUUCAAUGGCAUUGAGAAUUGCACCGACAUUCGAAUGUUCUUUAAUUAAUGUGGGCUUUGAGGAAGGGCUUGAGGGAUCCGGAAAGCAAUAGGAUGCAGGUUCGUGGAAAUUGUUGUUUGGGAUCGACAAUGAUUGACAUUUCAUGUUGUUUCGUUGUGAGAAAUUUAUAAGCAUCGGGACAUCUCACGGAUUUGGGGGAAGUCCCUCACAGAAAAGUCGGCAAGGGAGCUUCCUCGGGAUAAACACCGUUACCGAUCGUCGAGAGA